UAAUUCCCCACUGUUUUAUUUUUGUAUAUAAAGUUCAUAGGAUUACUUGACAUUGAAUAGGAAGACCAUAAGCAAUGGAGGGCCUUCUUCAUUGCUCUGCAAAUUAUGUACCUUUAACACCAAUAAGCUUCCUACAAAGAGCAGCUACCGUUUACAGAGACAAGACUUCCAUCGUCUAUGGUGCUUCUGUUAGAUUUUCUUGGAAAGAAACUUAUGAAAGAUGUGUCAAAGUUGCUUCUGCUCUUGUCCAGUACUUGGGACUUAGCUCUGGUGAUAUUGUCGCAACUUUGGCCCCUAAUGUUCCGGCAUUAUAUGAACUGCAUUUUAGUGUUCCAAUGGCGGGAGCAGUACUUUCUACACUCAACACCAGGUUGGAUGCAACCACAUUAGCGUUGGUAUUACAACAACUAAAGCCCAAAUUAAUUUUUGUGGAUUAUCAAUAUGGAAAUCUUGCCCUCCAGGCAUUUAACAUAUUAUUGUCUACAAGGAAAGGCAACCCUCCACAGCUAAUACUAAUCAAUGAUAAGUGCGAGCAAGAAACUUCUUCAAUGACCAAUAACUACAAGUCACCAUGUCACUUGGAUUAUGAUUCUCUUCUUACAAUGGGAAAAGCUGAUUUUGAAGUAAUAAAACCGAACAAUGAAUGCGAUCCGAUUUCAGUGAAUUAUACUUCAGGCUCAACUGGGAAUCCUAAAGGUGUUGUGUAUAGCCACAGAGCUGCCUAUUUGAAUUCAUUGGCAGAAAUAUUCAGAUGUGAUAUGAGGCGAAUGCCAGUAUUUCUAUGGACAGUGGACAUGUUUCGCUGCAAUGGCUGGUGCCUGACUUGGGCAAUGGCUGCUGUUGGUGGUACUAAUGUUUGCAUCAGAAAUGUCUCGGCUAAAGUAAUUUCUGAUGCAAUAUUACUUCACAAGGUAACUCAUUUAUGUGGUGCACCUUAUAUAUUGAAUAUUCUUGCAAAUUCUGCACAGCCUAGUGAUGAACACAGGCAGAUUCCAAGCAAGAAAGUGAAUGUUAUCGUAGCUGGUGCAUUACUAAACUCUCAGAUUCUCAAGAAGGUUGAAGAACUAGGAUUUAAUGUUGCUGAUGGUUAUGGUAUGACAGAGGUACUGGGUCCGGCAAUUGUUAGGCCAUGGAAACUUGAAUCAGAUGAACAAGAAAAAAUUAAAAGUUCUGAAGGAUUGCACAACAUUCUGAUUGAAGGGGUUGAUGUAAAAGAUCCAAAUACCAUGAAGAGUGUACCCCAUGAUGGGAAAACUGUAGGAGAAGUCAUGUUCAGGAGCAAUAUUUUGAUGUCAGGAUAUUUUAACAAUGUAGAAGCAACCCAAGAAGCUUUUAGUGGAGGAUGGUAUCAUACAAAAGACCUUGGAAUCAGGCACCCAGAUGGUAGCAUACAAAUGAAAGAUCGUGCAAAGGAUAUUAUUGUCACCGAAGGAGAGACUAUAAGUACAUUAGAAGUAGAAGCUGCUUUGUUAAGUCAUCCUAAAGUUUUAGAAGCAGCUGUUGUCGGAAAAUCUGAUGUUGUUUUGAAUGAGGUACCUUGUGCAUUUGUUAAAAUAAAAGAUGGGUCUGAUGCUAAUGUUAAAGAAAUUAUCGAGUUUAUUGGUGCUCAAUUGCCUGACUAUAUGGUUCCUAAGACUAUAGUUUUUGGAGAUCUACCUGUGAAUUUCAACGGAAAGGUGCAAAAGUUUGUUCUGAGGGAGAAAGCCAAUGCCAUAAUAAGUAACCUUGGCAAUGGAAAUUCGGUUGCAAUGGAACAGUAGUCUAAUGGCCAAAUAGUUGAUCCUCUCUCUGCUUCCAAACUCCUCUGCUGGUGAAAGGUGGUUGAUAGGAUUAUAGAAGCUUUUCAGGACGUGGAGAGUAUGAUCAAUUUUCUUCAUCCCUUGAAGAACUUCUAGAUUUUGAGGGAGUUUUAAUUUUCUAUUUUUUUUUUUUUGUCUUUCUACUUAAUUACAAUAAUAAUUGAAUUAAGUAUGUCAAACUAAAUUCCAUAAGUGUUUAGUUUGGCUUUUUACUUAUGUAUGAA